CGAAUACAAGAGAUGGAAAUGUAUUUUUUUCAGCGGCCAUCUCAUAAAAGGGCUGAAUGAAUUCGUUCAUGAGGUUUCAGCUGUUGAUUUACCUCUCUUGCUAAAGAGUUAAUUACUUUACCAUAUUUUGGGUUUCAGUAGUUCACGAAUAUCAAGGACAUCAAUCGUGUUAGCGACAGUAUUUUUAGAACUAACCUUGCUUACUGUCAUUACCUGUCAUGAAAACUUACGUUCAGGUUCAGAUUUUGCACCCAUUUUGAGCACGGAGUCAUGCAUGCAAAUCACAACGAAACAGAAAUAUAACACCAGUUUCACGGAAAUUUUACCGCACAGAUGUGAAAAUGAUCAACUGUUCAGCUCUUUGGCGUUCAUAGGGCCCUAGGUGCCGAAACUUUUUACUGACACACCUAUUAGGGGGGCCUUUAUAACAGCUGCUUAUAGCGUCUUAAAAAAAUGUCGAGUACGACAUCAACCUCGAGAAGUCAACCUCAUUACUGUAUUAUUCUCAAUUGUUGGAUUUAUCUCUUGCGUGUUUUCACCUGGCCAGUCAGUCAUUUUAAGGAUCAGUAGGUUUUUCCCACUUCACUACUGCAACUCUUUUACACAUUUCAGCGUGUGUGUCUUGAACGCUUUUUAGAACUCGAUAAGCUUUAUGCUUUCACCGAAUGGUUCGCACAGUUUCUGGAGCAUAGAACUACGAUUAUCCGUGGACAUGGGAUCCAGAUCACCAAUCAAGAGAUGGCCUUAUAUCCAUGCGACCUGUGCCACAUCAAGCCUAUUUUUCGAAUUUUGAGAUCUGGUUACAUCUUUUUGCAAAUUCGUCUCAACAGGAAGCGAUGGCAAUAGUAUCGACUGUCAUAUACUGGCAUAUGAAUUCAGAACUCAUUCGAGACGCCACUUUUUUUAUACCGGCGUGAAACGUUCAUGUUAUCAAGACCAUUGAGAUUAUGACAAACCCGUCUUCUAACUUUGGAGUUGAGUAUCAGGAUUAAAUUUGAGGAUGACCUACGCAAUGAUAUACAUUGGUUAUGAUGAACCUAGCCAAUAUUGUGGUUCUGAAAUAUAUUUUUGGUGAUGGAAUCUUUCACAAGACAUUAUUGAAAAAAAGCGUCAGCACUUUUAAAUGAUGGGAAUUUGACGCUCAGUCCAAGCAUUCUUCUAGCUUACAAGCCACAUAGCUAUGAUCAUUUCAUUUGAUUUACAACUGGACAAGGAGGAUAAAAGAAUAGACUGACCGUUUUUUAAUUUUGGGCUCAAAACCACGUUUGCCAUUUUUAGGGACGCAAACUGAAAAUAAAAUUGAAAUAAAACGAAAGCGUUUUCGUUGAAGUUGACUUAUAAUAGAAACGCCUGAAGUACCCCCCAGGGCAAUCGGGGCAGGAAAUGAAAUCUUAUCUUUUCCCUUAUGAGACGACUUAUACGCUCUAUCCUGGAUUGAAGGUUAUGCAUUUUCGAUUAUGGUAUGCUCAGAAAGGACAACAGUAAACGACGCGGACGAUCCUUCAUAAAACUCACUAAAUUUUGGAAGUGUGCACAGACAGGGAUAUUUCAAUUUCCUAAACAGUUCCGAACAUAGAAGCGGGGAUUGGAUAGUUAUACGUCAAAAGCCGUCCAGUUAGCUAUGAGCACUUCAACUACAGAAGACAGAUGGUUAUCUUACAGGUUAAGUAUUACAAGCUCUGGGGCCCAUUGGGUAAUUCAACUAAAAAACGGAUUUUGCUUCAGAUGUCAAAUAAACCCCCAAGUGAUGGCAACUAUCUACCGGGGAGAAGUAAUUUAGACUGGUGCUUGGCUAAAGCCCAAAACCAAAUUCUUGAGUUAUAUCAGAAAGAUGCCAUCCUCGUUUGCUUGGCACUGCAAAAAAGAUGAUGGGAAAGUUAUUUUCAAUAUGAAAGCCCCUAAUGCAAUAUUCCACCACCUGUCCGAAAGACCGCUCAGAACUCUGCCACCUCCUGAUCAUGGAAGAUGAUUUGUUGAAAUACCUUGAACACAUUUAUGGAUUUAUGGGGUAACUAAGCCAGCAGAUGACAUUGGCUCGAGUACCCGAGUCAAAGCAUCUUGCCUUCAUGGUAUGUCUUCGAUGAGCUUUUACGACUAUUAGCAUCUCCAUUUGAUGCCACUUGAUUCCCUUUCCAUGUGAACCACAAGACUCAGGUUGCUAUUAUUAAAAUCGGCAAGAUCCACUAGUAUUAUAUGAACAGUUGGCUAAAAUCGUCAUUCGUUUCAUUUUGUGGCAAGGUCUGUUGGUCGUUAUUUGUAUUAGUGUUUAAGUUUCGAUUAU